AUGAGGCUGCGACUCCUGGUGGCCACGCUCUGCGCUGGGAUCCUGGCAGGGGCGCCCGGAGUGCGAGCCCAGCAAAGGGAGAGAGUGACCUGCACGCGCCUUUAUGCCGCUGACAUCGUGUUCCUGCUCGAUGGCUCCUCGUCCAUAGGCCGUGGCAACUUCCGCGAAGUGCGGGGUUUCCUUGAGGGGCUGGUGCUGCCCUUCUCCAGAGCAGCCGGUGUGCAGGGCGUGCGCUUCGCUGCUGUGCAGUACAGCGACGAGCCACGGACAGAGUUUGGCCUGGAUGCGCUUGGCUCAGGGGGUGAUGUGAUCCGUGCCAUCCGUGAGCUCAGCUACAAGGGGGGCAACACACGCACAGGGGCUGCGAUUCUCCACGUGGCAGAUCAUGUCUUCCUGCCCCAGCUGGCCCGACCUGGUGUCCCCAAGGUCUGCAUCCUCAUCACUGAUGGGAAGUCCCAGGACCUGGUGGAUACAGCUGCCCAGAGGCUGAAGGGACAAGGGGUCAAGCUGUUUGCUGUGGGGAUCAAGAAUGCUGACCCCGAGGAGCUGAAGCGAGUUGCCUCACAGCCAAGCAGCGAUUUCUUCUUCUUCGUCAAUGACUUCAGCAUCUUGAGGACGCUGCUGCCUCUCGUUUCCCGGAGAGUGUGCACGUCCGCUGGUGGCGUGCCUGUGACCCUGCCCCCCGAUGUCCCGACCUCUGCUCCACGAGACCUGGUGCUGUCUGAGCCAGGCAGUCAAUCCCUGAAAGUACAGUGGACAGCAGCCAGUGGCCCUGUGACCGGCUACAAGGUCCAGUACACUCCCUUGUCAGGGUUGGGACAGCCACUGCUGAGUGAGCAGCGGGAGGUGAACGUUCCAGCUGGUGAGACCAGCGUGCGGCUGCAGGGUCUCCAGCCACUGACCAACUACCAAGUAACUGUGGUUGCCCUCUAUGCCAACAGCAUCGCGGAGGCUGUGAGCGGGACAGCUUGGACCACUGCCCUGGAGGGGCCAGAGCUGACCAUCCAGAACAGCACAACCCACAGCCUCCUGGUGGCCUGGAGGAGUGUGCCAGGCGCCACUGGCUACCGUGUGACAUGGCGGGCCCUCGGUGGUGAGGCCAUGCAGCAGGAGCUGGGCCCUGGGCAGGGGUCAGUGUUGCUUCGUGACCUGGAGCCUGGCACAGACUAUGAGGUGACUGUGAGUGCCCUGCUUGGCCGUAGCGUGGGGUCUGCCAGCUCCCUGACUGCCCGCACUGACACUUCGGUUGAGCAGACACUGCGCCCGGUCAUCCUGGGCCCCACAUCCAUCCUUCUUUCCUGGAAUGUGAUACCUGAGGCCCUUGGCUACCGACUGGAGUGGCAUCGUGAGAGUGGCUUGGAGGUGCCACAGAAGGUGGUGUUGCCCUCUGAUGUGACCCACUACCAGUUGGAUGGGUUGCAGCCAGGCACUGAGUAUCGCUUCACACUCUACACUCUGCUGGAGGGCCGAGAGGUGGCAACACCUGCAACUGUGGUCCCCAUUGGGUCGGAGCAGCCUGUGGGCCCCGUGACAGACCUACAGGCGACUGAGCUGCCAGGGCAGCGGGUGCGAGUGUCCUGGAGUCCAGUUCCCAGUGCCACCGAGUACCGCAUUACUGUGCGCGGCACCCAGGGGGUUGAGCGGACCCUGGUGCUUCCCGGGAGUCAGACAGCCUUUGACCUGGAUGAUGUCCGGGCUGGGCUGAGCUACAUCGUGCGGGUGUCUGCUCGAGUGGGCACCCGAGAGGGCAAUGCCAGCAUCCUCACUAUCCGCCGGGAGCCAGAAGCCUCACUCGCCAUCCCAGGGCUGAGGGUUGUGGCAUCAGAUGCAACUCGAGUGAGAGUGGCCUGGGGACCUGUUCCUGGAGCCAGUGGAUAUCGGAUUAGCUGGAGGACAGACAGUGGUCCAGAGUCCAGCCAGACACUGUCUCCAGAAUCUACUGCCACAGAUAUCAUGGGGCUGCAGCCUGGAACCUCCUACCAGGUGGCUGUGUCAGCGCUGCGAGGGAGAGAGGAGGGCCCCCCUGCGGUGAUCGUGGCUCGAACCAGCCCACUGGGCCCAGUGAAGACAGUCCAUGUGACUCAAACCAGCAGCUCAUCUGUCACCAUUGCCUGGAACAGGGUUCCUGGUGCCACUGGAUACAGGGUCUCCUGGCACUCAAGCCAUGGUGGGGAUCAAGGGAUUUGGAGGGGACCAGAGAAAUCCCAGCUGAUUUCUGGGGAAGCUACAGUGGCUGAGCUGGAUGGGCUGGAGCCAAAUACUGAGUACACAGUACACAUGGCCUAUGUGGCUGGUGUAGAUGGGACCCCCACUUCUGUAGUUGUGAGGACUGACCCUGAGCCCGUGGGUAGUGUGUCAAAGCUGCAGAUCCUCAAUGCUUCCAGUGAUGUUCUGCGGAUCACCUGGGUGGGGGUCCCUGGAGCCACAGCCUACAGAUUGGCCUGGGGUCGGAUUGACGGCGGCCCCACGAGACAACAGAUACUCCCGGGAAACACGGACUCAGCAGAAAUACGGGGCCUCGAAGGCGGAGUCAGCUACUCGGUGCGAGUCACUGCACUGGUGGGGGACCGUGAGGGCGCACCUGUCUCCAUCGUCGUCACAACACCCCCCGAAGUUCCACCAGCCCUGGAGAGCUUUCACGUGGCGCAGAGAGGGGAGCACUCCCUGAGGCUGCAGUGGCAGCCGGUGCCUGGAGCUCGCGGCUUCCGUCUGCGUUGGCGACCGGAGGGUGGCCAGGAACAGUCUCGGGUCCUGGGGCCUGAGCUCAGCAGCUACGAAUUGGAUGGGCUGGAGCCGGCGACCCCAUACCGCUUGUGGCUGAGUGUCUUGUGGCCUUCUGGAGAAGGGCCCCCCAAGGAAGUGACUGCGUACACUGAGUCACCUCGUGUCCCAAGCACUGAACUGCGCGUGGUAGAUACUUCAGUUGACUCAGUGACUCUGGCCUGGAACCCAGUGUCUGGAGUAUCCAGCUACAUCCUAUCCUGGAGGCCACUCGGAGGCCCUGGCCAAGAGACACUUGGGGCCUCAGAGACACUUCCCGGGAUCUCGAGCUCCCAGCAGGUGACAGGGUUAGAGCCUGGCAUCUCCUACAUCUUCUCCCUGAUACCUGUCCGGGAGGGUGUACAGGGUCCUAAGGCCUCUGUCACACAGAGUCCAGUGUGUCCCCAUGUCCUGAUGGACGUGGUCUUCCUGCUGCACACCACGCUCAGCAGUGCUCGUCAUUCAGAGGCUGUGAAGAGAGCCCUGGGGCGUCUGGUGUCUGCACUUGGGCCUCUUGGGCCACAGGCAGUCCAGGUUGGCCUCCUGACCUACAAUCACCGGCCCUCCCCACUGUUCCCACUGAACAGUUCCCAUGACCCUGGUGUCAUCCUGCAGAAGAUACGAAACAUCCCCUACAUAGACCCAAAUGGGAACAACGUGGGCACAGCCGUGGUCACAGCCCACAGAUACCUGUUGGCACCAGAUGCUCCCGGACGCCGCCAGCAAGUGCCAGGGGUGAUGGUUCUGUUAGUGGAUGAGCCCUUGAGAGGUGACAUCCUCAACCCUAUCCGUGAAGCCCAGACUGCUGGGCUCAAAGUGAUGAUCUUGGGCCUGGCGGGAGCUGACCCAGAACAGCUGCAUCGCUUGGUGUCAGGCAUAGACCCUGUCCAGACCUUCUUCGCUGUGGAUGAUGGUCCAAGCUUGGACCGGGCAGUCAGUAGUCUGGCCACAGCCUUGUGUCAGGUAGCUUUGGCCACUCAGCCACAGCCACAGCCUUGCUCGGUGCAUUGUCCAAAGGGCCAGAAGGGGGAACCUGGAGAGACGGGCCUAAAAGGACAAGACGAAGCUCCUGGUGCCCCUGGCUCCCAGGGAGGCAGGAUGGGUGCUCCUGGCCCCCAGGGGCCGCCUGGGAGUUCCAUUGCAAAGGGCGACAGGGGCUUCCCUGGGGCAGAUGGGGAUCCAGGCAGCCCUGGCCUUCCUGGGACUCCUGGAAUACCUGGCCCACAGGGCUCCCCAGGGGUGCCUGGCCCUCGUGGAGAACCGGGGGAGCGAGGACCCCGAGGCCCGAAGGGGGAGCCGGGAGAGACUGGAAGAGUCCCUGGGCGGGAUGGCUUAGGCCUUCCUGGGAUGAAAGGGGACCCUGGACCUCAGGGCCCUCCUGGGAUUCGUGGCCCAUUGGGGGACCCAGGACCCCGUGGUCCCCCAGGACUUCCUGGAACAGCUGUGAAGGGUGACAAAGGCGAUCGUGGAGAGCGGGGUCCUCCUGGACCGGGCGACGGCAGCACUGUUCCAGGGGACCCAGGGCUGCCGGGUCUUCCCGGAAACCCUGGACUCCAAGGCCCAGUUGGCCCCCCUGGAGAAAAAGGAGAAAAGGGUGACUGUGAAGAUGGAGCCCCCGGCCUCCCAGGAAAACCUGGGACCCCGGGUGAGCGGGGCCUACGAGGACCUCCUGGAGAUGUUGGCCCCAAAGGUGACCGAGGACUGCCAGGGGCUGUGGGUGAGACUGGAGAAAAGGGCCAACGUGGAUCCCCUGGCCCAGUGGGACCACAGGGGCUGCCGGGAGUUGCAGGACAUACUGGAGCGGAGGGUCCUGAAGGGCCACCAGGACCCACUGGCCGCAAAGGAGAAAAGGGGGAGCCUGGCAGCCCUGGGGACCCUGUCUUGAGACCUGCUGGAGUCAAAGGAGAGAAGGGAGAUGUGGGGCCUGCUGGGCCCAGAGGAGCUGCGGGAGUCAAAGGGGAGCCGGGCCCACCUGGCUUGGUUAUUCCUGGAGACCCUGGCCCCAAGGGAGACCCUGGAAGCCGGGGUCCCAUCGGCCUCACUGGUAGAGCUGGACCCCCGGGCGACUCAGGACCUCCUGGCGAGAAGGGAGACCCUGGGCGGCCUGGCGCCCCGGGACCUUUCGGCCCCCGAGGACGAGACGGUGAAGGUGGAGAGAAAGGUGACGAAGGCUCCCCGGGUGACCCCGGUUUGCCUGGAAAAGCUGGCGAACGUGGCCUUCGGGGGCCACCUGGAGCUCGGGGGCCUGAGGGUGAAAAGGGAGACCGGGGAGAUCCUGGAGAGGAUGGACGAAAUGGCAGCCCUGGACCAUCUGGACCCAAGGGUGACCGUGGCGAGCCGGGUCCCCCAGGACCCCCUGGACAGCUGGUGGACACGGGACUUGGAGCCAGACUGAAGGGAGAGCCUGGGGACCGUGGACAGGAGGGUCCGCAGGGACCCAAGGGUGACCCUGGCCCCCCUGGAGCCUCUGGGGAGAGGGGCAUCGCUGGACCUCGCGGGCCCCCAGGCCCCCAGGGGGACCCAGGCAGUCGAGGCCCAGCAGGAGAAAAGGGUGAUCGGGGACCUCCUGGCCUGGAUGGCCGCAGUGGGCUGGAUGGGAAGCCAGGAACCCCCGGCCCUCCUGGGCUUCAGGGUGCUGCAGGCAGAGCUGGGGACCCGGGGAGAGACGGGCCUCCGGGCCUCCGAGGAGAACGAGGACAACCUGGUCCCCCUGGAGCACAGGGAAAGCCAGGCGAGGAUGGCAAGCCAGGCCUGAAUGGGAAAAACGGAGAACCCGGGGAGCCCGGACAGGAUGGGAAGAAGGGAGAGAAGGGAAAUUCGGGUGACCCUGGGAGAGAAGGUCACGAUGGCCCCAAGGGUGACCGUGGAGCUCCUGGCAGCCCUGGACUCCCUGGCCCCCCAGGCCUCCCAGGGCAAGUCGGGCCUCCUGGCCAGGGUUUUCCUGGUGUUCCAGGGAGCUCGGGCCCCAAGGGUGACCGCGGGGACACUGGAUCCAAAGGUGAACAGGGCCUCCCUGGAGAACGAGGCCUGAGAGGAGAACCUGGGGGAGUGCAGAAUGUGGACCGGAUGCUGGAAAAUAUUGGCAUCAAGGUGUCUGCUCUGCGGAAGAUUGGGGAGACCUGGGACGAGAGCUCCGGCAGCUUCCUGCAUGUUCCUGAACAGUGGCGCGGCCCCAAGGGGCACCCAGGCGAGCGGGGCCCCCAAGGCAAGGAGGGGCCCGCCGGCUUUUCCGGAGACCGCGGGCCGAAGGGAGAUCGUGGAGACCCAGGCCCUCAGGGGCCACCUGGCCUGGCCCUUGGGGAGAGGGGCCCCCCUGGACCUCCCGGCCUGGCUGGGGAGCCUGGAAAGCCUGGUAUUCCUGGGCUCCCAGGCUCGGCUGGGGGUGUGGGGGAGGCAGGAAGGCCAGGAGAAAGGGGAGAACGGGGAGAGAAAGGAGAACGCGGAGGACAGGGCACAGCUGGCCCCCCUGGCCCCCCUGGGCCCCCUGGCCCCCCUGCCCCCAAGGACGUGGACAAGCCAGAUCUUGGACUAUGGGGAGGACAAGGGACCCCUGGACUCAAGGGCGCUAAGGGGGAGCCAGGCAGUGACGGUGACCGCGGCCCCAAAGGAGACAGGGGUGCGCCAGGCAUCAAGGGAGACCAGGGAGAGCCUGGACCGAGGGGUCUCAAUGGCAACCCGGGUCUACCAGGAGAGCGCGGCGUGGCUGGGCCUGAAGGGAAGCCGGGUCUGCAAGGUCCAAGGGGGACCCCUGGCCCAGUGGGUGGCCAUGGAGACCCUGGACCGCCUGGUGCCCCGGGUCUCGCUGGGCCCGCAGGACCGCAGGGACCAUCUGGCCUAAAGGGGGAGCCUGGAGAGACAGGACCACCAGGACGGGGCCUGCCUGGACCAACCGGACCCGUGGGACUGCCCGGGCCCCCUGGUUCUUCAGGCCUCGUGGGUCCGCAGGGAGCGCCAGGUUUGCCCGGACAGGUGGGGGAGACAGGGAAGCCCGGAGCCCCGGGUCGUGAUGGCGCCGGUGGCAAAGAUGGAGACCGAGGAGCCCCUGGCGUGCCGGGGUCGCCAGGUCUUCCGGGCCCAGUCGGACCUAAAGGAGAGCCUGGACCCACGGGGGCCCCUGGACAGGCUGCGGCCGGGCCCCCUGGAGCCAAGGGGGAGAAGGGAGCCCCUGGAGACCGUGCUGGAGACCUGGUGGGACAGCCGGGAGCCAAAGGGGACCGAGGACUGCCGGGCCCGAGGGGUGAGAAGGGAGAAGCUGGCCGUGCAGGGGAGCCUGGAGACCCCGGGGAAGAUGGAUUUAAAGGGGCUCCAGGAGUCAAGGGUCAUAAGGGUGAACCAGGAAUCGGGGUCCAGGGGCCCCCCGGGCCAGUUGGUCCUCCAGGUCUGAAAGGAGACGUGGGCCCCUCCGGCCCUGCCGGUGCUCCUGGUACUGUCGGCUUUCCUGGUCCGCCAGGCCCUCGAGGGGAGAUGGGUCAGCCGGGCCCCAGCGGAGAGCGGGGUCUGGCAGGCCCCUCAGGGAGAGAGGGACCCCCAGGUCCCGUGGGGCCACCUGGACCACCAGGGUCAGUGGGAGCACCUGGGGCCUCCGGACUCAAAGGAGACAAGGGUGACGCUGGAGUAGGGCUGCCCGGAGCCCGUGGAGAGCGUGGGGAGCCAGGUGUCCGGGGUGAAGAUGGCCAUCCUGGCCAGGAGGGACCCCGAGGACUUAUGGGCGCCCCGGGGAGCCGGGGGGAGCGUGGGGAGAAGGGCGACCCCGGAACCGCAGGGCUAAAGGGUGACAGGGGUGACUCAGCCGUCAUUGUGGGGCCUCCGGGGCCACGGGGUGCCAAGGGGGACAUGGGUGAACGAGGGCUGCGAGGUGCAGAUGGUGAGAAAGGACCUCGGGGAGACAGUGGGAGUCCUGGAGAGAAGGGCGCCAAGGGAGAGCCUGGUGACAAGGGCUCAGCUGGGUUGCUGGGAGCACGUGGACUCACAGGACCUAAGGGAGAGCCUGGUGCUAUAGGGAUUCCUGGUGAGCCGGGAUCCCCAGGAAGGGACGGAGUCCCCGGCAUCCGAGGAGACAAAGGAGAUAGAGGCUUCACUGGUUCCCGGGGCCUCAAGGGCGAACAGGGGGUGAAGGGAGCCUGUGGCCUUGAUGGAGAGAAGGGAGAGAAGGGAGAAGCUGGUGCCCCGGGCCGCCCUGGGCUGGCAGGACGCAAGGGGGACAUGGGGGAGCCGGGCAUGCCAGGCCAGUCGGGGCCCCCGGGCAAGGAGGGCCUGAUCGGUCCCAAGGGUGACCGAGGCUUUGAUGGGCAGUCAGGACCCAAGGGUGACCAGGGUGAGAAAGGGGAACGGGGGCCCCCAGGAAUUGGGGGCCUCCCAGGUCCCAGAGGCAAUGAUGGUGCCAGCGGUCCCCCUGGGCCACCUGGCAGUGUUGGUCCCAAAGGAUCUGAAGGACUGCAGGGCCAGAAGGGUGAGCGAGGUCCCCCUGGAGAGAGUGUGGUGGGUGCCUCUGGCGCCCCCGGGGUCCCCGGAGAGAGAGGGGAACAGGGGCGGCCAGGACCCGCUGGCCCGCGUGGCGAGAAGGGAGCAGCAGCACUGACAGAAGAUGACAUUCGGAGCUUUGUGCGUCAGGAGAUGAGUCAGCACUGUGCCUGCCAGGGCCAGUUUCUUGCAUCUGGAUCACGACCCCUCCCUAGUUAUGCUGCAGACGCCGCCAGCCACCAGCGCCACCCCGUGCCUGUGCUCAGGCUCUCUCAUGCAGAGGAGGAAGACCGAGUACCCCCCGAGGACGAUGAGUAUGAGGACGCUGAGUAUUCUGUGGAGGAGGACUACCAGGGCCCCGAGGCUCCUUGGGACGGCGAUGACCCCUGCUCACUUCCGCUGGAUGAGGGCUCCUGCACUGCCUACACCCUGCGCUGGUACCAUCGGGCUGUGGCAGGUGGUACAGAAGCCUGUCACCCCUUUGUCUACGGUGGCUGCGGAGGGAAUGCCAACCGUUUUGGGACCCGUGAGGCCUGUGAGCGCCGCUGCCUGCCCCGGGUGGUUCAGAGCCAGGGAACAGGUAUGGGCCUACCCUCCACCCCAGCAGGGGCCUGGGCACUGAGCCUAUCCAGAUCAGGUCCUGGGUCAGAAGCUCCCUCAGCCGGGGAACCUGGGACAGACCCCCAGACCAAAUCACUAGGUAGAAAACCCAGAUGUGGAGUCCCCAGUGUGGUCCCCUCCAUGCUUCUCCUUGAACGAGCCGAUAAGGACCCUUCUCCGAGGCCAGAGCCCUCACUCCGUUGCCCCAGCUCUCUCCUGCGCGGAUCCUUUGCCAGGGCUUCCCUGGGGCCCACAUGUUGGGUAAGGUCAGGUGGCCAGAGACAGCUCCCAACCUGCCCCACCAGGUGCUCUCCAGAGCUGAGGAGCUGAAGUCCAGUGACCCCUGGAGGAGUCGGUGCCGCAGCAGGACCUGCUGUCCCUUUCCUUGGUGCUAGAGGCUCGUGUACACAGGAGUGUGCAUGAGCGUCCGUUACUUCAAUGACUUGGUCCUGUGGGUCUAUCCUUCCCCCUGUGGACAAACCCUCAUUGUGGCUCCUGCCUCCCUGGCAGCUGACUCAUUGUGGGGGUGGCUGUGGGCAGUGAGCGGAUGUGACUAGGUCGGACCCGCCCCUUGACCCCCGCCUGUGAUGACAUGGUGCUGAUUCUGGGGACCAUUAAAGCUGCUGUUUUGAAAGGCCCCUGUUGUGAUUCUUUGGGAGAUGCGGGUGCCAGGAGGCAGGUUUUUCCUGGUGGGGGGUCAGUACUAUCCUACAUGGGUGCAGAGUUCCUCUGUCCAGCCCUGGUCACUGUCUUAUGACAUCUCAGUCCUCAACUUGUCCCCAGAAAGGGGUAGACAGGGUGUGGGUUGAGGAUAUGUCCUCACUGCCCCCCAGAAGGGGAUGAGUCAUAGGUGGGGGGCUGCCUCAUGCCUGGAGACAUGCCCCAGCUCCCACCCCAGGGGGCUGAGGGAGAUAAAUGGGCCCUGAAGGGGGCAGGGGGUGAGGUCACAGCACAGCGCGCCUGGCCCAGCCCUGAGCAGCCACAGUGGCCCUGACGUACCCCAGAGGAGGCUGCUGCUUCUGGUAGGACCGGGGUCAGGAUGG